GCAACCCCGACCACCACACGUUUUGUUUACGUUCCGCUAGCCGAUUACGUUCUCGGGCCCGCACUUGGCUGUUCCGUUCUGCCGUGAACGAACGUGAAAACCAAAACACGGCACACGAAAGACCACAAACUAUUUAUAUACCUCGCCCGUCCAGUGCAAUUCCGCGUGUGAUAAACAGUGCAGCAGUGACGUGGUGCUGUGUUUGCGCAACACAAAUGUAAGCACAGAAGAGGAAGCAGUAGAGUGAGCUUCCGAAAAGACAACCCGCAUCAACCACAGCCAGUCGAAACCCAGGAAGCAGAAAAGAUGUCGAGCUGUUCACGCAAAAUUCUCGCCCUCCGGAUCCAUGCGCUGGCGAAGACGUUCAACCGGUGCUACCACCGUGCCACAGCCCUCCACUGCCCGUCGGGGCCACCGAAACUCUCGCCAUACGAUGUCAACUGUAUACUGCGAACGAACGAACACACGCAGGAGUUUUUCGGCGGCUCGGUUAAAAGCUACGACUCGAACCAGCUCGCCUCGAACUCGCCGAUCGAAGACUCGCGCAGCGAGGCGAGCUGCGUCCACACGUCCGGUUUGCUGCUGGGCAUCUUUGACGGUCACGGCGGACCGGCCUGCUCGCAGGUCAUCAGCAAGCGGCUGAUGCGCUACAUCGCCGCCUCGCUCGUGCCGCCGGACGAUCUGCGCCAGCACGUGCUGAACGGUGCGCAAAGCUUCUCCUUCCUGAGCUGCCACAACGAUAAGCUAGAGUUUGUGAGCGAAAUCAAGGAGCUGUACGAGAAAAGCUUCCACCAGUUCGCGAACGAGCUGACCAACACGACGCUGGCCGGAUUUCAGAUGCACCAAACGCUCGAGAACGCGUUCAUCCGGCUGGAUCAGGAUCUGUCCCGGGAGGCGAUCGAAAUGCCCAGCCUGCGGACGAUGUCGGUGGCGAUGAGUGGGGCCGUGGCGCUGGUCGCGCACAUAGACGGCCCCCAUCUGCACGUUGCGUCGGUUGGCGAUUGUUCGGCCGUGCUCGGUACCGUCACCGACACCGGGCAGUGGAUGGCGAAGAAGCUCACCAACGAGCACAACUCCGACAAUGUGGGCGAGGUUCGACGCUUGCUAAGUGAACACCCUGCCACGGAGCGGGAUACGGUGAUCCGGGGCGAACGGUUGCUCGGCCAGCUGGCACCACUGCGAGCGAUGGGUGACUUCCGCUACAAGUGGUCACGCGAGCAGCUCGAACAGCUUGUCGUGCCACAGUUCGGGGAGCAGGUAAUCGCACCGUACUACCUCACACCGCCCUAUCUGAGCGCGCGCCCCGAGAUUACGCAUCACAUCCUAACGCCGCGCGACAAGUUCCUGAUCAUCGCGAGCGACGGCCUGUGGGAUACGAUGAGCGCCAUGCAGACGGUGCAUCUGGUCGGGGAGCACAUGUACGGGAAGGCGUUCCUGCAGCCGCUCACUCUCCCCAAGCAGGACAUUACGCUCGGGGAGAUCAGUCAAAUGUUAACCACUCGAAAGGCGGGUCUGCAGAAGAAACCGCUCGAUCGCAAUGCGGCGACACAUCUGAUCCGCAACGCACUCGGCGGCACGGAGUACGGCGUGGAGCACUCAAAGCUGUCGCACAUGCUGUCACUCCCGCAGGACAUUGUGAGACUGUUCCGGGACGACAUUACCAUCACGGUGGUGUACUUUGACUCGGAAUAUCUCCGAAAUUGUCCCACUUGAUGGCGGGAGGGUGAAGGUCCCCGUCGUGAGACGGACAGUGCUUCAUAGGAAACCGCCGGAAGCAUUUAAAACACACACACACACUCAGAGACAGUUCAAUGUCGACAAAAUGGUAAAGGCUGGCCCCUUUUUUCCGCGCAAAUAUGUCCUACCGCUCAACUCAACAAAGCGUGCCCGUGUGUUCUUGGUAACGCGUUGUGUGUCCUAAUGAAUCAUUUUAUCGCAACAGCGUUACAACAGAGGACGCACACACUCACAUUAGGUGCUUGUUUUUCUUUAUUGUAUUUAUGUUUCCGUUUAUAUGUUUUUUAAAAAAGGAAUUUAAAAGGCCAAUGAGUUGAUCAACACGAAUCAAUCAGUCGAGACCUGUCAUGCGGUCGUCCAAAGCCGGCCACAGCGCAACGACGGCGCAUACGACGAAUUUUAUUUUACGGAAGUGCAAUUUGACGUGAAUUUAUUGCAUUGUUUUAAAAGAUUUAUCUGUUGAGUUCUUGAGUAGUUAAACGUGAAUAAAUUAAAACUAGUUCCGAAUGUUCCGCCAA